CCAUUUUCCAACCUCCGUAUAAAUAGAAACCAAUACAACAGCAACAUCGUUUCACUGUCUUCACGGACCCUAUCAAAACCGUUUCACUGCACACAAAAAUUAUCAUAUAUUCAGAAACAUGGUUUUGAAUAGGAAGUGGUAGUAGCUGUGAAGGGGAUUUUCGUAGCAGAUAUGGAAGAAGAAGGUUUACGAGAUUGCUGUUCCUCCAACUCCACCACCAACAGGAACACCAAGAAACGCAAGCAGCAACACCACCAAGACAAACCUUACAGAGGAAUAAGGAUGAGGAAGUGGGGGAAGUGGGUGGCGGAGAUUAGAGAACCCAACAAGAGGUCCAGGAUCUGGCUGGGUUCUUACUCCACCCCCGUCGCCGCCGCACGCGCCUACGACACCGCCGUCUUCUACCUCAGAGGCCCUUCCGCCCGCCUCAAUUUCCCCGAACUCUUGUUCCAAGACGACGACGUUUCAACCCAAGAGGGCAACAUGUCCGCUGAUUGUAUACGCAAGAAAGCGACCCAGGUCGGCGCGAGAGUGGACGCGCUCCAAACCGCGCUUCAAUCCUCGUCGUCCCACUCCGCUAAUUCCAGCCACGUCAGCUCUGACAAGCCAGACUUGAACGAGUAUCCAAAACCCGAAGAUUAGUUUCCACCGAUCACGGGUCGUGACACGAUGUUUCAAAACCUUUAUUAUCAUAUAUCUGGGUACAUAUUUCAUAUUUUCUUCCACUUCACUUUAAAUUAGAACCUCUAGGAAGAAACACACACACACCGGAGACGAGGCUAACUUAUUCAUGAGGUGAGUAAGUACUAAAAUUGUAUAUUUUCUCUUUUUACCAAACACCAAAGGGGUAUAUACAUGUACCACUAGUUGCUCACUUCACGAAGAACAAAGCUUAGCUCUUAACCAAUCGAAUGAGAUCGUGUAACAGAUUUUUUCCUUUUUUUUUUUUCAAUUUGUAUGCUGAAGUCGUAGACUGGUCGCAUAGGAUGUGGUGUUUUCUGAGGUCGGUGGUGUGUUGUAAACAUGUAAUUUGUAACGAGAUAUAUGUAUGUGUUGAUUGGACUAGACAGAAUGGAAUGAAAGUAGUGUUGUUUCAAA